CAGCCAUUGUGCCUGUGGUUUACGAAUCCAUCUUAGAGGACUCAUUUUCAAAGGGCAUUGCUUUUGGACCCACGUAUCGGUCUUUUGCUCAUACGGCCAUUUCUUUGGUGAUAUAAUUACUUCCUGGCACGGAGAUUACACUGUUCGUCGCUACGCAUGAGCGUGCCAUCUCUCGGCACCAUGGCUCCAGGCUCCGCGCAGGACCCGGCUGACAAGCCGGGCAUGGCCAUUGAAACCAACGCUCUCGAACACAAGCCCUCCCAAGACACGCUCUCCCAACCAUUCCCCGCUUUCGAUGAGAAGGAGGCGCGAUAUCCACGGCGCUCAGAUAUCUCAACGCCCGCCACGGUCCGCGCAAACCCGUUCGACACCGACAUCGAGGCAUUGCCGGUUGCGACAAACGACUCGAAACGCAAGUCGGUCGAGUGCACCAAGGGAGGGACCGACUGCCAGGUCUGGCCCGGCAAAGACCACUGGAAGCGGAAGGCCAAGGCAGCCAAGAAGCAGCGGACGAGCUGCAACUGUCUGGCCAGUCUGAGCAAGCGCAACCGCAUUGCCGUCAAGAUCCUCAUCAUCGUGCUCAUUGUCGGCAUCGCAGUGGCCGUGGGCUUCGGCGUCAGCAAGCCGCUUGGCGCGGGCAUCUGGCGCAGUGAGACGCAGAACAACUGAGCCGCCCCCGCUUCACUCCGCGCGGCACUGACUCGAAGGGGGGUUGAGGUCCGGAUCACCCCUAUACCG